AUGGCGAAAGCUUGUACAGGGAAUGUACCAAGCAGUGAAAGCGUUGAAAAGGUGGAAUCGCUUUUCGAGGGAUCAUUGAUAAGCAGUAAUGAAGCUCGUUGUCGCGGAUUACAACUUCCUCCGGAACUUGUGAAAAGCUUCAAACAAAACCCUGCAACUAUUCAGACGCCCCAAUCAAAAUUUAUGCAGGUCCCCCAGAUUGACGGCACGCCGGUCCAGCCCUUGAUAUAUAUUGCUGGGGACAAUUUAAGUGAAAAUGUGAAUUGCCACGAGCAUGAGGUAAUCCACUACGAAAUAAUUCAAGAUACUGCGGCCGCGGCGCAACCAGAGCCAGAUAGGUCGACAGAAGUACAGGGAAAAAAAUACUACGGAUUUAAUAUCGAGGAGGUUCUUCUCAAAGACUUUGCUAGUUCAAAGGUGUUAACGACCAAACUUCCACAGAAGAAACUAAUCAUUUCAACCGACCGUCGAGCAAUUGCUGCGGCCCUAAUAGAUAAAGUUAUUUCAACUCUUGGAACAAGCCCAAGUAAAGUGGCUUUAGAGCAACUGGCGAAGGACCUGGUUCUUUUGUUUCCUGGCCUAGGGGACCCUCGAAAAGAAGGCCGUGGAUAUGAGAUGUGGUUUUUCCACUCCCAUCACGGACUUGGGGCAUCAGGAUUUUUGGAAGACCGGCUCAAGAAUCAAAGGAAGAAGGUUACUUCCAAUAAGAAAACUCAAUUAAAUACUGAGUCGUUGGACGCAACUUUUUUAGACUGGUCUUCAGAAAUUGAAGAUGAAAAUCCUACGCCGGACGAGAAAGAGUUGGAGUUCCUGCGUCAAAAUCACGGCCAGGAAAUCAAAAUAAAGAUGAAAGAGACAGUUUUUCAAAGAAGAACUUUCAUUCGCCAACAGACAGGAGUGGACGGGUUGUUGAGCAUUAUCAAAUGUAUGCCGAGAUUGGUUGAUACGGAAGGAAUGAUAAUUCAAGAUUUCGACGUGAGACAUCCCAAACUGGCCUUGAUAUUGUACGAUAAAUGGCCAAAGGUUUCUAAACUACUGAUGGACUACGCUGAGGAGUGUGGCAUUGACUUUGCAGACAAGAUUGGAGUUAAAAAAUCAAGAUACGAACUGUUGGAUGGUACGUUGUUGAAACUUGCAAAUGUUUAA